ACUCUGAUGUUAUAGAGACUGGUAAAUGGCAUGGGAGCUGCACCACCAUAAACAUUAAAACUGAUACCAACUUUUAUAGGGUGUUUACACUCCGCAGUUGGCAGCGCUUGUUGUCCAGUGGAAAGGGUAAAAGCAACGUGAGGGAUUGGAGUGUUUGUGGGAGGUGGACGGAAGUGUUGUUACUUACGUCAAUGGCGGAGAAGCGGGCGCACCACAAUGCACUUGAGAGGAAACGCCGUGAUCACAUAAAAGACAGUUUUACAAGCCUGCGUGAGUCAGUUCCCGCAUUGCAAGGAGAGAAAGUGGCAAGUCGUGCGCUUAUCUUAAAGAAAGCUGCAGACUAUAUUCAGUUCAUGAGAAGAAAAAAUUCCGCCCAUCAACAAGAUAUUGAUGAUCUGAAGAGACAGAAUACACUCUUGGAGUCUCAGAUUCGAACAUUGGAGAAAGCCAAAGCAACUGGUAACUUUGCUGCAGAAACAAGUGAAGUUUCACUUGUUGGCAAACCAGAUGCCAUAGCAAACUUCCAGCAGGAGUCUGAGUCUGACACCUCUGAUUCUGAGACAUCCCACACAACACGUCGUCCUAAAAAACUCAAGGUUACUGGUUUGUAAAGGGUCUUACGAGAUACCAACAUGAAGCAUUUACUGAUGCUCCAAUUUGACAUGUAUAAGCAGACCGUCAGUUAGCUGGCUUCUGUUUCUUCAGGGUAGAGAUUUUAUUACAGGUGAAACUCUGACUGGUACAGAAUACAUGUGCAAGAACUGUGAGGUUGCUUACUGUGUUAUGCAAAUGAAAUUGUGGAAUGUAAAAGCUGAAACAUUUCCUGUCUCUGUACCUGAAACUUGUGCUUAGUUAUGUAAGAUAUAUCCUAUGAAAUGAAUCUGAAUACUGUAAAAGUGUAA